ACUAAAUUGCUAAUGAGAAAUCUUUAUUGUUCAGUGAGUCAGUGUACUUGAUAACAGUUCUGGAGAGGUAGUUCACUUAGGCAGAGGAAGACAAAACUUUCAAGUCUGGUACUUUGAGUUCAAGUGUUGGUGUGCAUUGUGUUGAUAAGCCAUACUCUUUUAUAUUAACUAAAACAGAGCUCACGAAUGAAGUUGUUUCUGUAAAGGAGGAACAAAAUGACCAGUAGAGCCUAUUUAUGCUCUUUCUGUUGAAACCAUAGUGUUUUGGUUUUCAGUUAUCUUCUGUUAUACUAAUGGUGUCAUUUACUAAGAAAUCUGGAGAAGUUUGUGAAUGAGCUCUCAAGCAUUCAUAUAAUACUAAGGAAGAUGGGCCAAAAUUGUAUAGCCUUACAACCCAGCAACUUUUAGGGUGGUUCUGGACUUCUUUCCUAGCCCUGCCCAUGGGCAGUGAAAUGAGAUUGCAUGUUGUAAGCAAAUGUAAUUGCAAACAGAACUGUAUUACUUGAAUUUUUUUUUAAUUUAUUGUUCAUAUCUUAAAUUGGCAAAAGUCAUCUCAUACAGUGAAAGAGGCUACUAGUCAGCUAAGUGUCACCUUAGAUUCCAAAGUGUAAGGUGACAAAUUAUGUUCUAUACAGUUCAUCAUUGAAAUAGCUAUGCUGGAGCUUUCAAGAAAAAAAGAUUUCAAGACUUCAAAAUGCCAUUUAGGGUCAAAAUGCAGUGAAAGCCAUAAAAAAUUGGCCAGGUUCUUGCAGGUCAGGGCACUAGUUAGGACAUCCAGAUAUGCAAUCCUAAGACCUUCUGGCUUGUCUUGACUAACAUCUACUGCUAAGUUUUGGAAAUGGAGUUACAAAGGCUUUAUUUCAAGCUUUUAGGAUAAUGAGAAAAUGAAAUCAAUUUAAGAAAAUUAAAUUUAAAAAAUAAAUAAGUAAAUAAAGGAAUACGUAGUAUACAAUUAAGAUGGAUCAAUAGGAAACGGAAACUUCGCAAAAUUGAGCGAGGAAGUGUGUCAUGAAGCCUUCUGAUAAUAAUGGGAUAUCAUAUAGGGUUCACGUACAUUUAUUUAAACACAAAACCAGAUUUAUACAAUAAGGAGCCUAGUGAGAAAUUAUGGAGAUAACUUUGUGAUAGUUUUUAAAUUUCAGUUGUUUGAAUAUUAUGAAAACCUUUAGAAUUUUGCUCAACUUUUUAAAAAUCCCAGUAUCAAUUUAUUGUUUUAUCUUUUCACUUGGGAGACCAAACUGCUUCAUUCACUCAUAAUUACUUCUCCAGUGAAAUUAUGCUCACUUUUUAUGCUAUAAGGUUUUUUUUUUUUUAUUCCCUAAAAGUUGAAUUCAGGAAUGAUUUGAAACUUAGUGAAUUGUUAAUUUUGAUAGUACAAACUAGCACACCAAUAGCAUCUCCCUGUAUAUUUAUUUUGAAAAAUAACUGGGUAACCCCUUAAUGGUUGCAAAUGGCACUUUUUUUUACUGCGAUAAAUUGGGAAAUUGUGUUUCUCAGCACAGUACUAUUAAAAUCCAUUUAAGACUAAUAGAUGACCUUCAGAAGAAGAUGACCAUCAGAUAACCAAGGGUGAAAUCAAUAUCUCGGAGGUAAAAACUGAAAAUGUAAUACAGCAUUAAAUUUUUACCUCUAUACAUCAUUAUGCGUUAACUGCUGAAACCUCACUGAAUUAUGAAAAUGUUUUAAAAGUACAGUAUAGCUUAAGUUGAAUUUAAAGUAAGUUGCACUUCUGUAGUAACAGAGAUUACAACCCCACAAGGAUGUUCUGGAGAGCUAGCCAAAAAGGCCAAAAAUUUCAAGUAAUUUCCAUAAUUUUUGAAAUAGGAAUUGUUAUGCCCUUUACACCCAGUUAAGCAUUUUUCCCAGCCAGAAAACAAAGGUGAUGAUAUACAAAGAUCUUUCUAUCUAUGGAGUGGUUGGACAGCACGACCAAAGAGCUGGAAAACAAAGGUGGUGAUGUAAAAGAUCUAUCUAUCUAUAUACAUAGAUAGAUCUUUGUACAUCAUCACCAUUGUUUUCUGGCUCUCAUGGUUGUGGUGUCCAACCACUCCAAAUCCCUUUUUUCAGUCUUAAUGGCUGAAUGCCCAAACCAAAUAAACAGUUUAGACAGUGUUUAAGGCAACUUUAGUUAAUUUUCCAUCUCUAUCUGAGACAGAUCAUACUUCUCUCUCUGUUUUGUAUAACAUAUGUUACCUGCUAGUACCCCAUUACCAAAUACUGGCAGUCCCCGGGUUACGACGAGGGUUCCGGUUCCGUUGUAAGCCGGAACAUCGUCAAAAAUCCUAAGAAAACCUUACUUUUAAUGCUUUGGGUGGAUUGAAAACUAUGUAAACUGCAUUGGUAUUGCAUUUUUCAUCAAAAAAACCUUCAAAUAUUGAUUAGUUUGCAUUUUUAGUGUCAUAUUUCAUCUGCCAGAUGAGCGUUCUAGGCGCCGUAACCCUGGAAAUAAUGUCUGAUGAAUAUAAUUGAGAAGCGCCUUAACCUCGGAACGUUGAAGCCGAACCCGUUGUAACCCAGGGACUGCCUGUAUAUACGUACUAACUUUUGUCCCUUCUACAGGAAUGUUCUCUGGUGCGUACCUGUUUUGGUUGUUGAUGUUAUGGCGAUGAAUGAGCAGACCAGUAUUCACCUGCCUGAGUGUGAAGGGUAGCUCCCACAUGAACGAAAGAAGAUUGACUCCUAGAGAAUGAGGUCGUCAUAGACUUUUUUGAUUUUGUUAGGAGGUAAUAUACAUCACUUCACCCUUGACACUUCGUACUCCACCUUUGUGAGCCAGUGCUUCGCUUACUGUGACUGUUUUCAAUUGAUCUCCCAUUGCUGUACAAUCUUGAUAUGAUUCAGCAAGGACCAUGAGGCAUUUUCUCUGUCACCGUGAAAUGGGCAAGUGUGCUGUUAAGCCCCUAUUACACGUAUCCGGUUUCCUACGGCCAACCUGGCCUACGGCGCCGUAGGAAAAUUCUGGCCUACGGCUAGAGUUAUUACACGUAUUUGAACGGCCGGUGGCAAGUGGGUGAGUGUGGCACUGUUUGUGGUGGAGGAGUGACAUGUCUUCUCUCGACGACAAUCUCGUUGCUAUUGCUCUAGCGUGCUGUUUGAAGGUGAAAACAAGAAAAAGGAAGAUUUGGUCCAAACAUUGGCUGCGUAAACGACAAAAAUACUCUCAUGUUAACUUAAUGAAGGAACUAGCACUAGAAAAAGAUGACUGGUUUAACUACAUGCAAAUGGAUCAUGACACAUAUUUGGAACUCUUAAGUCAGGUAUCACCUUUAAUAGAAAAAAAGGACACUUGCAUGAGAGAAGCAAUUAGUCCACAUGAGCGUCUUUCAGCCACAUUGAGAUUUCUUGCUACAGGAAGAACAUAUAGCGAUCUAAAGUUUACAACAAUUAUAUCGCAGCCUUCUCUCAGUGCAAUAAUCCCAGAAACAUGUGCAGCAAUCUACAAAUGUUUAGGCCCAAAAUAUCUGAAGUUUCCAUCAACACAGCAUGAGUGGGAAGAAAUCGCAAAGGAGUUUGAGAGAGUCUGGAAUUUUCCACACUGUGUCGGAGCUGUGGAUGGCAAACAUGUCAAGAUUGUGCCACCUCCAGAAUCAGGAUCAUUCUACUACAAUUACAAGGGUUUCCAUAGUAUGGUACUAAUGGGCAUUGCCAAUGCAAAGUAUGAAUUUAUUCUUUGUGAUUUCGGCAUCAAUGGACGAAUUUCAGACGGAGGGGUAAUAAACAGGACCACUUUUUAUGACAAAUUGUGCAAAGGACAUUUAAAUCUUCCGCAAGAAAAUAAAAUUGAAGGUUCUGAAAAAGUAUUACCUUAUGUGUUUAUAGGCAAUGAAGCUUUUGCUAUGAGAACUGACUUUUUAACACCCUUUAGUCAAAAGGACUUAUCAUAUGAGAGAAGGAUCUUUAAUUAUCGCCUGAGCAGGGCUCGCAGAAUUAUCGAAAACGUGUUUGGAAUUUUGGUUUCGCGCUUUCGUAUCUUUCAAACGGCUAUAAAUUUAUUGCCAAGAAAUACUAAAAAUGUAGUAUUGGCUUGUUGUGCACUUCAUAAUUUUUUACGUGCAAAAUGUAUCAGGUAUUCUAUCCCAGAUGAGUCUGAUGAACAAGCUGAAGAUAAUAUGAGUCAAGUCGAACAAUCACUAGCAGGCUUGCAAAGAGGGACUAUGAGAAAUACCCCCAAUGCUGCUAAGAAAGUACGAGAUACAUUCAUGAAUUACUUUAAUAACGAAGGAAAAGUUGCAUGGCAGGACAAUGUAUAAUAUUCUUAGUUUGCUUUUCUACUGAAUGGUAAUGAGAUAUCCAAAUAUUUAAAUAAAGAAAUAGUGUGAAUUAUUCAACUGAAUAUUUUUAAGCUUUCUUUUGUUUGUAAAUAAAAUAUGACAUGAUUAUA